UUUUUCUAAGCACUCAUUUUUGAAAAAUUGUAAUUCAGUAUUCAUUGAAAAUAGAGAGCUCCGAAUUAUUGCAUUCAAAAUUUUAUUAUCUAAAAAAGGAGAGAGCUAAAUUUUCUGUUCGAUGACUGGAUUUGACGGAAAUAGCUGAAAACUCGCCCUGUAUCUAGGUAUUUUGAAUUAAAAGAUAGAUGGUUCUGGACUUCUCUCAUUUAUCCUAACAAUAAUUAAAAUACAAUAUUGCAAUCAAACCUUUUUUCAUGAUGUUUAUAUUGAUUGAUUGGACUAAGACUCAACAUGUGAUUAUAUUACCGAUAUUCAUACAAUUUUUAAAAUCAUGCUAAAGCUCCAAGAAUUUUUGGCACUAUAAAGUAUUUAUAAUUUUUCAGUAUCACUUGAAAAUGUUGAAGUAUUUAAAAAAUCGUAAGUUUCAGGAGGAGAUUAUCUAAACAGAAAAGCAUGGAUAAAAAAUCUGAGUCAGAGAAGCAAACUGAUUUUGAUGUGGACAAUAACUCAAGUAAACUACAGAAACCUGUACAUUUGGCUGGUACAAUAUCAGAAGAAUUUUGUCAUACCGAAAAAAUGGAUAACACAGAUUUGGGUAGAGUAGUGGAACUUGCACAAGAAUCAUGGGUUGAUAAAAAAUCAAAUGACCGUAGUGAAGUUGGAAAUGAAGAUUCUAAGGAUUCAAGUGUUUUAGAAGAGUCUACGGUUGAGGGAGGAUCAAGUGAACUGCGCAGUAUUUACUUGCAACUGCUUGAGAAUGGCUAUUUUAAUAGGGUGAAUCCCAGUGGCUUGGGAUGGCAUGUAGACACCACUUUCAUGUCUUGCCGUCAGGUUGAAGAUCGCCAUGAGUUAGGCCUAACUUACUUAACAAAUGAUGAGGCAUGUACUAGUAAUUGCAAUCAAGCAGCGCCUUCUCUUGAGAAAUCAGCAUCCAGUAAUCAAAGAACAGAAACUAAUGAGACAUCUCAUCACUGUGGAGAUGAAUUUAACAAGACUACUGAUCCGCUCAUAAACAUAAAAGAUACCUUCAAAUUAAUUCCACAGAUACCACAUACUAAUAAAAUAGAAGCUAUUUCAUUAAACGAUGAAAAUAGUUUUGAACAUAUUGUAAAAACUGAAAGAUCCGUGAAAAGCAAUAACUAUCAUGAAACAAAUAAAUUUUUAGGUAAUGAUGGGAUGCUGGAGAUUGAUAAUUUUAAUUAUGGUUCAAAACUAAUCAAUGAGAGGGAUGAAGAGUCAAACUCAUCAGAAUUAGUAUUAAUAAACCAGAUAAAUCUAUCAGAAGAAAGUAGAAGUAAUCAGCAGUCACCUUCAAAAUCAGGUCAAAAAGAAACUCAAAAAUCCACCGGAGGGAAUUGGUCUGGAAAGUACGAUGUAAGAAACUUCGACGAUAAUAACAAAAAGGAUUUUGGAAAGAUGUAUGAAAAAUUGUUAUACUAUAGGGUGGAUAAUGGAUCUAAAAAUGAACGUCAAAGUAAGAAUCUCAAACAAUCGAUAUUGACAUGUGAGCUGAAUAAUAACUUUGUAAAUAAUAAAGAUCAACUUGAAAAAGAGAAGCUGAUGGAAAAAAAUGAAAAUAUCGUCUACUUAUUCCAUCGACGAUUUUUAGAGUACCUAAGGCAAACUGAUAAUGGAUGCGUCAGACAAGAAGAUUAUAAAGCUGCUAUGGUUACUGGUCUUAACUUUUCAAAAUGGAUGCAGAAAAUUGUUCAAGAAAAUGAUCAACUGAAAAAAUUCAUAUCAAAAAGAAGUUCCUCGACUAAUGAAAAACAAGCAAAUUAUGAUUCUCAUAUCAUGGCAUUUUUAUUAAAUGACCCCAAAAAUAGUGAUAGUGAAUGUGAACUUUUUGAAAUGAGGGAAAUUUCAGAAGAAGAUGCACAGAACAAACUGGGAGAUCCUUUGCAAACAAUUUCCGAGAGUAUGGAGCUUUCACCUAAAAACCCAGAAAACGAUCAAAAGAAGGUGGUUUAUUGUCUUGAAAAUUCCAGUGGGAAGGAAAUGAUAAUUCGGGAGAAAACAAAUGCUACAGAUUGGACAAAUUGCUUAUUGAAAACUGAUUCACAUGCAGAUUUAGAAAAGCAAGUGACAACCGAUAUUAAUAUAACCAAGCCAACUUUAACUUUUAUUAUAAGGAAAUUUAGUACAAAAAUUCUUAUUAUGGUUUAAAUACAAAAUUAAAAAAAAAA